GCCUCACGCAAGCAAAAGCAGCUCGAGUGUUGGCCAGGGAUGGACCGAAUGCACUUUCGCCACCUCGAACUACUCCGGAAUGGGUGAAGUUUUGCAAAAAUCUAUUCGGCGGAUUUGCGCUACUGCUUUGGGUCGGUGCAUUCUUGUGCUAUGUUGCCUAUGCGGUCGAUUACUUCAGCAUGGAAUAUCCAACCAAGGAUAACCUGUACCUGGGCAUUGUACUCAUGACUGUUGUUGUGAUCACUGGCUGCUUCCAGUACUAUCAGGAAAGUAAAAGUUCCAAAAUCAUGGAAUCGUUUAAGAAUCUCGUCCCAACCUACGCUUUGGUACAUCGUGAUGGCGAGAAGCAGCAGGUGCAUACGGAAGAGCUGGUAGUAGGCGAUAUUGUUGAAGUGAAAGGUGGUGAUCGUGUUCCUGCAGAUCUUCGUAUCAUCUCGGCUUCUGGAUUCAAGGUUGACAACUCGUCGCUUACUGGAGAAUCGGAACCACAGUCGCGCUCCCCGGAAUGCACCAAUGAAAAUCCACUGGAAACCAAAAACAUCGCUUUCUUCUCGACACAUGCCGUGGAAGGGUCGUGCAAAGGCAUCGUCAUAUACACCGGUGAUCGAACUGUGAUGGGUCGAAUUGCGCAUCUUGCCUCAGGGUUGGACACCGGCAAAACACCGAUAGCACGUGAGAUCGAACAUUUCAUCCAUUUGAUCACCGGCGUUGCUAUAUUCCUUGGCGUCACAUUCUUCAUUAUUGCUUUCGUAUUGGGAUAUCACUGGCUUACAGCAGUCGUCUUCUUAAUC